UUGACCCGGACACGGAUGUGUGCCGAAAUCCGGUUCCGGAACUAUUGCCACGCGAAUUCGCCGCAACCCACCGUGUACGCGCGUUUUGCGAUCGUUUUUGGCGGGAAAAGUGGCUUCAGCGAUUUUUUGUGUACAUCUUUUUAAAGGCCUUCUUCUACAAUGAUUCUACCAAACGUCGUCGCGGUCAAUUCUGCCAUUCGGUAACCUUAAUCGGUGCGGGGAAAAUUUAUUUCCACCCUACUUGUGCUUUCUUCGGUGAUUGUUCGUGUGGUAUGAUGAAAAUUCCAACUGGAAGCGCCCGGAGCCGGUGGUAAAAAAGGUUCUAAUUAGGUGUGAUUUUCUGGUGUGGGCAAUUAGCUGCCCUCGUGCUCGGGAGCUGGUAUGAAUGAAGUAAAAAAAAAGUUGGCUGAAUAUAGAAUGGGAGGGUGAGAGUCACAAAAAAUCGACUACCAGCUUUCCCCAUUUGCCGGGUGGCGAUUUCCCAUGCCCGUUUGUUGCGAAGUGGAUGUGAAAAUUCGGUUCAUUUGGUGCCAUUUUAUUAUAUCAGGGGUGGGUGGUGGUUUAGUGAGCUAGAGCAACAACCACAACAAAAAAUAUUGGAGCGAAAAAAUCGUUAAUUUGAAUAAAAGGAAUAAGCCAGCAGCAGCCAUUGUUGGGCCCCUGGAGGAUUACGUCGCAUUACAAGGGGUCCAACAACCGUUCCAGCAGCAGAACCGGAAGAAGACAGUGCACGCCACCAUUCGAAGCGAGACGGGCGCCAGGAGCCCGAGGGGGAAAAGUUCACAAAUGAGCAAACUUCAUGAAUUAUGAUAUUUGGAUUUUCAAUUAAACUGAACAAGGCUCUAUUGCACACGCAUGACGUGGUAGCUAGAGAAGUAUACGGCGAGGAAGCGCUACGAGUAACACCACCACCGAUUGCACCCUACCUAAAUGGAGGCAACGACGAAAUCGACAACGGAGACGCCGCCGAUCUGCAGCACGUCACCCGGGUCCGGCUCGUUCAGUUCCAGAAGAAUACCGACGAACCGAUGGGCAUUACACUCAAAAUGACCGAGGACGGGCGCUGCAUCGUGGCCCGGAUCAUGCACGGCGGCAUGAUCCACCGGCAGGCGACCCUGCACGUCGGGGACGAAAUCCGGGAGAUCAACGGGCAACCGGUCCAGCACCAGACGGUCAGUCAAUUACAGCGCAUGCUGCGGGAGGCACGCGGCUCCGUUACGUUUAAGAUAGUUCCUUCAUAUAGAAGUGCCCCACCACCGGUUGAGCUAUUCAGGAUUAGACCGGCACCAGUUCUAGUUGAUCAGAUUUUCGUACGGGCCCAGUUCGACUACGAUCCGUUGGAUGACGAGCUGAUUCCGUGCGCCCAAGCAGGAAUAGCUUUUCGUGUUGGUGAUAUCCUGCAGGUUAUCAGCAAAGAUGACCACCACUGGUGGCAGGCCAGACACGACGCCGCGGGUGGUUCCGCCGGGUUGAUUCCGUCGCCGGAGCUCCAAGAAUGGCGCAUCGCCUGCCAAUCGGCGGAUAAAUCCCACAAGGAACAAGGAGAGGUUGGGCCCGGAUGCUCAGCACACGCCGAAGGAUGUGAUGGAUCUACAGCAGUUAAUUGCUCAAUAUUUAGCCGUAAAAAGAAGCAGUGCCGGGACAAGUACCUUGCCAAGCACAACGCCGUUUUCGAUCAGCUGGAUCUGGUGACCUACGAGGAAGUCGUCAAGGUUCCGGUGGGCGAUCCGGCAUUCCAACGGCGAACCCUGGUACUUCUCGGAGCGCACGGCGUUGGCAGGCGUCAUAUCAAAAACACCCUCAUAGCCAAGUACCCGGACAAAUACGCUUACCCCAUACCACACACCACCAGACCGCCCCGGCCCGAUGAGGAGAAUGGUCGCAGUUACUACUUCAUAUCACACGACGAGAUGAUGGCGGACAUUUCGGCCAACGAGUACCUCGAGUACGGCACCCACGAGGACGCCAUGUACGGCACCAAGCUGGAAACGAUACGGCGCAUCCACGCGGACGGCAAGAUGGCGAUCCUGGACGUGGAACCGCAGGCCUUAAAAAUACUACGCACAGCCGAGUUCACCCCGUACGUUGUGUUCAUCGCGGCCCCGCUGCUGCAGAACAUUGCCGAUUAUGACGGCAGCUUGGAGCGGUUGGCCAAAGAAUCGGACAUGUUGCGCCAGGCCUAUGGACACUUCUUCGACCUGACCAUCGUCAACAACGACAUCGGCGAGACGAUAGCUGGGCUGGAGAACGCUAUCGAUAAGGUACACUCGACGUCUCAGUGGGUGCCGGUAUCCUGGUUGUACUGACAAGAUAGUGAGCUAGAAUGUCCCGCCUGUCUGGAGGAUGAGUGCGAUUGUGAGUGCGACUGUGAAACCGAGAUGGAUCUAAAGUAGAUCUAAAUUCUUGGAGCAGCUCGGGUAAUGAACAAACACUUACACCCACAUAAGAAGAGUAACGUUAGCAAGCAAAAGAAAAAUAGAAAAAAAAAACUUAAAUGGUACUUGGUCUUAGUAGAAACAAAUAUUCCACACUUUCAAGAGAUACACACAGGAAAAUUAUAAUCCUACACAAAUGAAAACACAAAUAUACAAUUGUUUAGUGCAGAUUUGAGCCGAUGAAAAUCAAGUUGAGAAGGAUUGUUUACCUAUCAAAUGAUUGCUGAAGGCAGAUAUAUGGAAGUGUUUCGAUAAUCUAUAGUUAUUGUUUUAGUGGAAAGAAAUACGAAAAUAUAUCUACCAUUUAAUGGAAACAUGGCUGAUUUUAUAGUAUGGAAACAAAACACACAAAUAACAAAUAAUAAAAACAUUUUACUUCAUAACCCUCAGACAUUUUCCUCAAUUUUGAAAUCAUUUCAUUUCAGUUAUGUGUCAUUAAACGUAGUAGUGAAAAAAAAAAUCAAAAAAGUGGAGAGCAUUUAAUUCUUUAACAAACCAAAAAGGAAAAAAAAAUCAUCGAAUUUGAUACGGAAAUCGUUGUUCUUCUGGUAUUAUUGAACCAAAAUCUAAACAAAAAUUAGAGAAAGCCAAACAAAAGUAAAAGCACAAAUAGAAGAAAAAAAAUCGCCAAAUGAAACAAAAGAAAAACGAGCGUACACAACAAUUCCCGUAACUUGAACGAUUUUCCAAUAAACAGAUUGAAACGACAGGAAAACCAGUAGAGGACAAGCUUGAAUUGUCACGAAGAAGAAUGGAAUAUACCCGAAAACAAACAAGAUUAACCUAAACGAAGUGAUAGAACAUAACAGAAAACAAAUAAAAACAAGUGAAACCAAAUACCACACGUCACGCGCGACAAGCCAGAAAAAGCAUAAACCAAGAGAAAUUUGUUAAAAACGAAAGGAAACAAAUUAAAGAUGUUAUUAAAGGAACGCUGACGUUUGAGAAUACAGGCAACUAGAGGAUAGGUUCAACCCACGAUGCAGCGGAACCAGCAAGAACAAAUAGGAAGGAACCGAGUGAACUGCAAAUGAGUUUAACAAAGUAAAAACAAAUAAUGAAAUAAAUCAGAGGAAACAAAACGAGGAAGGAAAAUAUUAGUUAGACUUAAUAUUAACCAAAAAAACAAAUGUUAACAUGAUUAUUAAUAAUUAAAACAAAGGAAAGAAUUAUAAAUUUAAAAGAAAGACAAAAAAUAGAGUGGGAAGGAGUGUAAGCCAAGCUAAAUUUGAAACUAACAGACAAAAAAAAAGAUAGAAAACGCGUGCACCGAAAAUGAAAAGCCUGCGACUUGCGUGAUGUGUUAAAGAAGUUCUUACUUUAAAUUUAAAAGAUUAAUUCCAAGAAUCGGUGGAUCAAGAGAUGAUCAAAUACGAACAACUACAAAAAAAAAAAACAGAAAAAAACAGAACAAAAAACAAAACCGAAGUUUCAGAAGUAGUGAAAAUAAUAAUCGAACACGCAACACAUUUGUAUCUUAUUGGAGAAAGCAAAAGUUUCAGGGUUGAAUGGUUUGACUUUAAAACAAAAUAGUUGAAAACAACAAAUACAAACGCAUAGUAGGUAACAGCAGCAUACCGUUAUCGACCGAGGAAGAAGCUAGUCAAUCAGAAAUUCAAACGAACACACACAUUCGCAGAUUAUCUUGACACAAUUCGCGUUGGCAUUUGGGCAAAGCCUGUUAAAGCUGAUUUAGUUAAGUUGUUACCGACGCUUUGAGGUGUUAUGUUGUUAGUUGAAUUAUGUUAAAUUUUUGCAUAGAGAGACAAAUUCUACAUUAGGUUCUUAAUUUUUUAUUCGAAAGGAUAGAUCGGAAGAAAUAUUUUCCAAUAAGAUUAAAUUCAAAACUGGUAUUCUCAUUUCAUUCCCGAUUUUUUUUUAUCUGUAUUUCGAGUUGAACUAAAAUAAGCCUUUUUUUAAAGUAAAUUUCAUUUCGUAAAUUCUUUAGUUGAACUUUGCAUACGUGCUAGCAUAUCUAUUAUUUGAAAUCAUCUCAAAGAGGAUAUUUUCGAAAACAAUUCCAAAAAUAUUACUGAACUCGUAUGAAUACAUCUACAUUUUUUAAUCUAUACACGUUCAAUACAAUUUUAACACACGUACACACAAAAAAAACAAUCAAACCGUUACACUAAACUAAAAUGAAAUCUAUGAGCUUCUCUUGCAAGCAAUUGCAUUCAAUUUGAGGUGAAGAAGUCCUCCAAAAAUAAUUUUGUACUGAACUAUUUUAUAAUACAAACAACGGUUUUCAAUUUGGACUCGUUUUAAUUUUUACAUUUCGAUUAUUUCUCACACCUACACCUACGAAGAUGCACAUAUUGGUAAGUGUUAUUUUUGUAGAAGAAGAAAAACGAGAACAUAAUAACCCUUACAAAACGUCAAAUCCGUUAAUCCAAGUCAAACAGUUUCCUUCAACAAACUAAUAGUAUUAUGCAAACUCCCUUCAAUACACUCUCAUACACAGAAGAUGAAAAAAUGUAACAAAACGCAUAUUAUAACAAAAAAAAAGCAACCAAAUACCAGCAAAGGCGAAAUAGCAGUUUCGAUUUGAUAUUGAUACCGUAUGAAACAUUUUAAACAGCACAACAAGGCAUUUUGAAACAAAAGAUACCUUAAAACAAAGAACUAACAGCUACAGAGCAGGCAUAAAGCAGAAACCGUUCAACUGAAACUGGUAAACAAAAGCGAAAACAAAA